UCUCUCUGUGUGUGUAGGGUUUUAGCAGAACCAACCCAAUUGACGAUUUCUACAAAAUCACUCUCACAUAGAAACACAACAAUGGCGUCAAAAACCCUAGUCCGAACCGGAGCGUCACUGGUGAACCGGUUUUUGUCGAACCCGUUUCUUUUGCAGAGUCCGAACCCGAAUACGAAUCAGCGGAUCGUGUCUCAGGGCCUCGAUGUCACUCCGAAGCUAUUCCCAUCGCUCUCCAAGUUCGAAAACUCACUCCACUUGCCUCAGUACCAAAACGACGCCGAAUCGAUCCGAAAGGUCGCCUCCGAAGGCUUCGUAUACCCCUCUGGCCUCCCUUCUCUCAGCUUCUACUUGCCAGAAGGAGAUGUUUCUUCUUCAAACGAGCCAAUGAUUUUAUUUCCUAAACGGACUUUCCAACCUAGCACUAUCCGGCGUAAGAGGAACCAUGGAUUCUUUGCUCGCACAUCGAUGGAGGGCCUGUUUAGACCCUCAAGCCCAGUCUACUGCUGCUGGUUUGGUGUUGUAGCUCUCUGCAGCACUUACUGAUGUGUGCUGUUGUAUGCUGCUAUGUGUGGUCUGUUUGCUGUGUUGCUAUGUGUGUGAGAUCAAGUCAAGCCUGUUGCCGCAACCCUUACUGCUACUACAAUUAAGUUGCUGCACUGUCAUUAUAUUGCUGAGUAGUUGUAGGAUAAGCGUUAGUGAUACUACCACCAUUUUACUGUUAAGCCUAAUUAUGUUGGCUAAUUAGCCAUGUAAUCUUUACUAAUUAGCUAUGUGACUAUAUUAGGAAGGUUAGAUAGUAAAUUAUUGGCCUUACUGAUUGUUAAUUGGGAACUUGUACCCGAGUUGCACUCUCAUUUUGUAUUCCUUCAAGAAAUAAGAAAUAUCCUCUUUCUCUCUCAAA